UCGGUGAAAAUAACAGUGGGUGUAAACAGACCUCACUGAAGAAAAUACGACGGACCUUAUUUCACGUAACAACAUUACGAACGGCAUGGGGAGUCCGGACUCCGUCCAGAAGCUGCCUCACCACGAACAGAUGGAAUUUUGCCUCACGAGAGCUAAAUAUCGACAGGGAAGGAAGCUCACGGCAGUUAAAGUAUAUACUGUGAAUGACGAGUCAAAGUUCCUCAUUUUGACGGGAAUUCCUGCCAUUAAGAUCAGCAACGAAGUGGAGAGCUUGUGCUUGAAGUAUGGCCAUGUUGAGUUCAUUCAGCCGCUGCCUGACUACCCCUGCGAGGCCUACACGGAGGCUUUCUUGGUCAAGUACGCCAGGGUUAAGAGUGCUUGCUUUGCCAAGGCUCAGUUAGACGGAAAGUCGUUCUAUGGGGGGGUUUUACAUGUGUUUUAUGCCCCAGAGUUGGAGUCUCUGGGUGACACAAGAGAGAAGUUGCAGGAGAGGCGGAAAAGCAUAGCUGCCCUGACAAGGUACGGCCAAGACCCCUCCUUUGUCAACCCUUCCAAGAAGCGUGGCAUGUUUCAGUAUGGGAAUUCGGCCAGAUAUUUGUCAAGGUUAAAGCCCCAACCAGGAGAGAAGCCUUUGCAGAGCCACAAUAUCUCUGAAUCUUCAAGAUCAGGAGGAGGCUUUAAUGAACAAAACCCAUUGACAAAAUCUUGCAAUGAUGCUAAAGACCAAGAAGUAUUUGAGGACAUUUGCCAUAGUGAAGAUUCAAUAAGUGGCAGUUGUAGACAGUUAACACACACAAAUAACCCAGGAUCCAGUUCAAGUGUUACCUCAGCAGAACAAAGUGCAUCUCAUGGUUCCAGUGAAAAGAGAACAGCCAGUGAUACUCCCUUCAUAGAAAGCAAUAAGAAGAAAAUUAAAUUAUUUGGUGAUAGUAAGGUCCUAUUGUAUAAAUAAAAGUGAGAUGCCACUUUCAGAGCUAGAAUAUUGGACUCGUUCAUGAUUGUCUGUGAUUACAACAUUAGUCAUUAUGAAAUUUUUCUAUUAUUGUCUGUAAAGGUUGGUCAUAUGAGACUUUGCAAGAAAACAACAUUCAAAAUUCUUCAUGUAUUCUGUAAAUAUAAAUACAAUACAAUAACAUUUCUCCAUUGCCUGACAAUAACAUUCCCAUUUUUACCAUCCUUAUCAAAGAACACAUAACAAGUAAGCUCAUUUUUUUAGGAGUCAUUUGCCUACUUUAUUAAAGUAUCUUUAUUUUUUAUGUUUUUUCUUAUGCCCUACAAUCUGCACAAGUGCAGCUUCCAAUCUAAACUUAACAUUUCCAAAUAAUCAACCUAUAUAGUUAAUGUCUUGCUGGCUUAUACAAAAACAACCUUGCAGUGGAAAUCUUGUUCAUAAUUUUGCAAAACUUCUCUUGCAAUAGGCCUACUGUAAAUAAAAAAAAAAAAAGAGUAAGACAAUGAUAUACUAAAUACAACUUCAAUAAAAUGUGCUAUGCAAUACACAUUCUCCAUGGCUUACAGCCUCACCCAUUUCUCACAAAGUAAUAUAAUAAUAUAUACGGAAGAUAGCCUAAAGGAUUAAAUAAUAAACAGAACAGUAAUGGGGAAGGGAUAACAAACAAAUACAUAAUGUUGACUAUCAUGUCUUAUACAAACAAUCCAAUGAUUUACAUGCAAAGAUCAGAUACAU